AUGUCAAUGAAGACUUCGCACGGCGUAAAGAAGGGUGUGCUGACAAAUCUGUGGCACAUUCCCAAGUUGUCAAGAAAUUUAUUUUCAGUUGGAUGCUUCACUAAGGACGUUGGGCCUGUUGUCUUCGACAAGGAAGGAUGUUUAGCCGAGAUGAAAGGUGUCAAGUGGAAGAUUGGUGCACGCGAAGGAAAAGGACUGUUUCGACUUCAGAUGACUCCGGUUGCUCGAGGGGAAGCGAAUCCAGUAAAAUUUACGACAAUGAAUAAGGAUAUCUCAUAUCUGUGGCAUCUUCAUCUUGGUCAUACUGGACAUGACGGAUUGAGCGCAAUUAUUAAAAAGUAUCUCGCUACUGGUAUCGAUAUUGCGUCUGUAAACAAGUGGGAGAUUUGUGAUGGCUGUGCACUAGGCAAGCAGACUCGUGUACAUUUUCUAUCGACGUCAACGGAUCGGGCAAGCAAGCUUUUGUAA